AUGGGGGACUUCACAUUCUACAGCUUCAUGGAGCCAAGCUACUCCGCCCAGCUAAUGGUGCCCUAUACAGAGGUGGAUCCUUCGUCAACCCGACUACCAAAUGGCCAGGUGGUGCCGACCAGCGGCGGGCGUUUCGGGGAUGCCGGCAGGGUGUACUUCCAGCACGACACGGUACUCGAUCUCAACAGGUCCUUCAGCUUCAAGCUGGCAGAUGUGUAUUGUGUGGCACCGAUUAAGAACAAGCUGUGUCGGGAGCCUUGCGGCCAGGAUUUCUGGGCCGUCGGGAAGAACUGUUGUGCAGAGGAUGGCAGCAACUUCACCUGCGGCGAUGCAGGGAGCCGGCGAGCCAAAAGUGGCCUGAGGCUCAUGGAAAACACAGACGUGCCCUUCUACAGGCUGGCUGUGCUCCAGGCGGCCAGCAAGUUCAAGAUGGUCAGCGAGCACCCGAUCUUCUUCCAUUGGCUGGAGGACCCGGUUGCAGAACUGCACAGCUGGCAGCGGCAGGGGUUCAGGAGAUUUGCGCUGGCGAUGCUGGGUGCCUUUGUCGUGAGUGCCGCCUCGCUGUUGUUCGUCGCACGAAGCUUGGACCUCGCGAUCAGCUGA